GCAACACACUUUUCUCAAUCAAUGAGAAUAUAGUUUAAACAGACAAGAUGGUGGUUUACACACUUUUUUGAUUACUUCAUGGAGCCCCCAAAAAAGUAUUUAACAUAAUAUUGGAGCAAUUUCUAAAUUCAAACGAACCCCCCUGCAACUACACAUGGACAUUAAGAAGAAAUGCGUUCUUCCAAGUCGGGAACUGAGGAAGCAUCGUCAAGUUGGCCGAAAAUGAUCUGUGCUACACUUAACAUUACCUACCUAAUGACGCCUAUAAGCCAGCUGGAACAGUAAUGGUCUGACUAGGGCUUUGUGAUAUUUGUAAUAACUGUGGGGCAGUAUGAUGUUUUUAAUUGCUAGGGUGCAUUUUGUUCGGGUCUAUAAUCUCAGGUAAGGGUAUUUUUAGCCAAUGCUUUUUCUAACUUCUUCGCAAGCUGGUCCAUGGUCUGUUUUAUUUAAACAAGUACUAAAAAGAUCCGAGCAGAGAGGGUAAAUGUUGGGGAGAAGGCAUGCAUUCAUAGAAGCAUUCCUUUGGAUUUUAGCAUUAUUUUGAACCAACAAACCUAUUAAUUUUGUUGACUUCCGUUUUAAAUUACUUGCCCAGAAAUGAUUGGUUGGCAUUGGCAACCGUUUUAGCCGAUGGGAGGCCGAGCUCGCGAACGGUAGUUACAUCUUGUUGGCUGAGUAAAGAAAGGGAAAGGAAGCCGAAUCUAAAGACAGCUAUCCAACAGAGGAUAAAGAAGUUUCAUAUUCUCUCAAACCCCCCCCCCCCACCCCAACUAUUCAUUAGAAAGGAGCAAGAGACAGACUGCACACAGAAUGAGCUCAUCUGCUCCCAGGAUGGUGAACAACUACAAGCGGACUUCCAGCCCUCGGUCUCCUACGAACAGUGGGGAGCUUUUCACUCCAGCGCAUGAAGAGAAUGUGCGCUUCAUCCACGACACCUGGCAGUGUGUGCUCAGAGACAUCCGGUCACCACAGAGCAGCGAACGCAAAGACCGUGGACCACAGGAGUAUGUGGAAAAGAACCCAAAUCCCAACUUAAAUUCUUUCACACCAGUUGACCUGAGUGACCUCAAGAAACGCAACACACAGAACUCCAAGAAGUCCUAGUCUUUCUCUUUAUAGUCAACAGCUUUUUUUCUGCACUAAUUAUCCUUGAGAACCUUCUCCUCCUCUGUCGGCCAGCAAGUCAACCUUUUGGCCAGUCCUGCCCAGAAUGCCAGUCCUCUUUCUGCCCACCUGGACUAACAGCCUGCCCAUUCAACAGCAGUGGGCUGAUGUCCUAACAACCAAAACAUUUUUGGAGUCCCUUAUCCACCCCCCCCCGCUCUUUCUCUGUCCGGGCUCAAUAUUUUCUUACCCUACCUCUCAUCUGGUUGACGUGGAAAGCUGGCAUUUGAUUUCCAGGGAUUCUCUCUUCCGGUUCUUGGUUUUACCGCCAUUAAUUUUUCUUUUUCACUCUUUCUUUUUUUUUAUGUGAAUGGGACUGAUGCAGAGUUUCAAUGAAAUAUGCUGACAUCCUGAUGCCGAAGUACAGACUGUGUACAAAUUCUUCAUGGGACACUUUAAAGGACUGCGGUCGUAAAUAUAAACUGUUUUCUUUUCAAUCUACAAAGGAUAAUGCUGAAGGGCUGACAUUCUUUUUUUUGGAAGUUAGUUGAAUUGUAGAUAUAUUGGAAUGGAAUCCGAUUGUACGGGCGAGUUUUGGAAACCAAAAAUUGUUUAGGAUAAAUGCCAACAUUUUUCAUAUACAUUCAUGCCCCUAAAAUGGACUUAAAUUAGACAUCUCCACAUUGACUUCUCAGCCUUGAAAAAAAAUAUUGAAUAAAAUACUUUUACAAUA